AUGAACGUGGAAUUAGACAAAAUAGAGAUACCUGAUUAUCCUUCAGGAUCAUACAACUUUGUCCGUCGUCUCCGUAAGGAGAAGGAAUUAUCAUUUCCGACGCCGAUUAAGAGCAAACUGUCGCGCAAACCAGCUGCACCCACGACAAAUACGAGCGAAACAAGAAUAUCGAAUGGAACGAAUGGAACAACGGACCAUCCAUGGGCGAAACUGAAAGUUGCUAUUAUCGGGGCCGGUGUUGGAGGUCUCUCAAAUGCGAUUGCCUUGACUCGGAUGGGCCAUGAGGUGUCCAUCUACGAGCAGGCUUCCGCUUUGAGUGAGGUUGGAGCUGGGAUUCAAAUUCCUCCAAAUUCGACUCGCAUCCUUCAUUCGUGGGGACUUGGUCCUGCUCUACAACGUCGUUCUGUCAAGCCCACAGCCCUUCUUUGGCGGCGUUGGGAGGAUGGAUCCAUCAUCGGAAAAGCCAAGCUCAAUCCAGAGAGCGAGCAACGAUUCGGCUCGCCGUACUACGUGACCCAUAGAGCACAUUUGCACGAGGUUCUGCAUGAUCGUACGGUCGAACUGGGUGUUCCUGUGUAUUUGUCCAAAAGGGUGCAGAAGUACGACACGCAAAAUGGCGAAGUGACGUUUGAUGACGGCAACCUGAUCAAGGCGGAUCUGAUUGUUGCUGCCGAUGGACUAAAGUCAACGGCUCGCCGAGAACUCAACAGCGCAAAAGACAAAGGGCCUUGGGGCCAUGGGCUUUCUGCAUAUCGAGGAACGAUCGCUGUCGCCGAUAUGAGGGCAGAUCCUUUGACCAAAUGGAUUGUCGAACAGCCGAAUCUGCAUCUCUGGGUCGGGCACGACCUACACGUGAUGAGCUAUGCCAUAGCUGGAGGAGAACGCUUCAACUUGGUUGUUACUCAUCCGCAAAAUCCCAAAGAGGCGACGGAGCAGCCUCUGUCUCGAAUACUUGAGGAAAUGAGGUCACAUUAUGUUGGGUGGGAUCCAUGCUUGAGGCGACUCCUAGAGAUGGUGACUUCAACGAUAGACUGGCCGAUCAACUGCAUAGACAUCCCUGACACCUGGUCAUCUGAGUCCGGCAAACUUUUGAUAACCGGCGACGCGGCUCACGCGAUGGUUCCGUACAUGGCGUUGGGAGCGGCCAUGGCCGUGGAAGAUGCUGCUGCAUUGGCGGCCACAUUGAAGCACGUCAAGUCGAAAGAAGACCUUCCUGCAGCAAUGUCAAAGUGGGAAGAAUCGCGCAAACCUCGAGUGAAGAAAGUCCAUGCAGCCAGUUACGGACACGGCUUGAUAUUACAUCUUCCGGAUGGACCAGUCCAGCGAGCUCGUGAUGAAGCAAUGAAGGCGGAGUUGGAAGGCGCAGAGGUCAAGGAAAGCCCCAAUCAGUGGAGUGACCCCGUUUUGACUGAGUGGGCAUAUGGACACGAUCCGGAGGCAGAAAUCGACCAGCUGUGGUCGGCUGGUGAGGGACAGCCAUAG